CCCUGUCCUCUCCGCCCACAGGGCCGCGUUCGCACCAAAACCGUGAAGAAGGCGGCCCGGGUCAUCAUCGAGAAGUACUACACGCGUCUGGGAAAUGACUUCCACACGAACAAGCGCGUGUGCGAGGAGAUCGCCAUUAUUCCCAGCAAGAAGCUCCGCAACAAGAUAGCAGGCUACGUCACACAUCUGAUGAAGCGGAUCCAGAGAGGCCCAGUGAGAGGUAUCUCCAUCAAGCUGCAGGAGGAGGAGAGAGAGAGGAGAGAUAACUAUGUCCCAGAGGUCUCAGCUCUGGAUCAGGAGAUCAUCGAAGUAGAUCCUGACACUAAGGAGAUGCUGAAACUUUUGGACUUUGGCAGUCUGUCCAACCUGCAGGUCACUCAGCCUACAGUUGGGAUGAAUUUCAAAACACCACGUGGAGCUGUUUGAAUCUUCUCUGUGCUGUAAUAUUUUAAUAAACUUGGGACUGCAGC